UAUUUCUACUCUUAGGUCGGGUUUAUAGAACAUUUUUUGAUUCUGAAUUAAGUUAAUAUCAAAAUUAACUUAACAUCGCCAUCAAAUUGAUCACGGUUUACAUAUGCGUUUUUAAUCAAAUUUUAAUUGUGAUUAACUAAUUCGAAUUAAAUUGACAUUUGACGGGGUUGGCACAACUGAUUAAGUUCAGUGGCUAUUUUCACGAGUGUUUUUAUAAUUCUCUCCCGUGUGGUCUGUGUGUGCGCUUGUGCAAAUUACAUUUAAAAUUUAAAAUGACGGAGGCAAAGGUGCACCGAGAAAGAACAAAGAACUUUACCGAAAGGGAAAAGGAAAUUGCUCUAGAUAUUAUAAACAGAUAUCAAAACAAAAUAGAAAAUAAAGAAACCGACGGUGUUUCCCAAAAGGAGAGAAAAGACGCAUGGGAAAAGGUGGCUGAAGAAUUUAAUUCAGCAUCAUCAACAGCACCACGAACAGGAAAGCAGAUGAAAGUGCUUUGGUCCAAUUUACGCCGGACAGCUAAAAAAAAUAUUGCUAAAGAAAAUAAAAAAAGAUACUUAGAUAAGACGAAUGAACUGGGAAAUAUAGCAGAGCUUAAACGAAAAAAAAAUGAAGAUAAGAAAAACAUUUCGAAAACUGGGGGUGGAACGUUCGAGAGCCAAUUAACUGACGUGGGGGCUAGAGUCUUAGCAAUGGUCGAGCCACAGGCAAGGCCCUUACCAAAUCUAUUUGAUGAUGACAAUAUUUACCAUAAAGGUUCAAUUUCAAGUUCUUGAGGUACUUCAACAUCUGGAUCUCUUGGCGGUUCAUUAUCAUUUGUGAAAAUGGCAAUGUUAUGUAACACAGCACAAGCCACAAUAGUUGCUAAUGUAGUGUUCAUUUUAGUCCGCAGUCCCAAUGACAGACAAGGAAAACGACGUUUCAAAACUCCAAAACACCGUUCAAUAGCAUUUCUAGUCGUUCUGUGUGACAAAUUAUAAGCUUCUUCCGCAGCUGUUCUUGGAUUCAGUACUGGAGUUAAAAGAAAGGGACGGCAAGCAUAUCCACUAUCUCCAAGUAGAAAACCAUUUUCAUAUUCACCUCUUUCUAGAUGUGCACAGAGGGAUGAAUCAUUAAAUAUUGUGCUAUCGUGGACACUUCCUGGCCACCUCGCGACAAUAUUUCUUAUUUGCAGGUCUGCAUCGCAUACUGCCUGUACAUUAAUUGAAAAAAAUCCCUUCCGAUUACGAAAAAUUUCAGCGUUGGGGCCACCUGGUGAUUCAAUUCUUACGUGAGAACAGUCUAUUGCACCUAUUACUCUUGGCAUUCUUCUUUUACGAUAAAAUUUUAACUGAACAUUAUGUAGUUCUUCUCUGUUUGGCAUUUUUAUAAAUUGUGGUUUAAGUUGAGCGAUUUUUUGGAUAACACUUUUUAUAACAACACAGACUGUUGACUUAUGUACAGCAACAGUGUCACCCACUAAUUGUUGAAAGGAACCUGUUGCCAAAUACCUCAUUGUAAUUAAAAUCUUAUUUAUUGCAGAUAUCGAUUUGCGUCUUCUAGUUGUAGGUUCUAAAUCAUGACCGAUCAACUCAUGAAGCCAUAAGAUAGUUGCCUUCGAGAAUCUAAAUCUCAUUUUAAAUUCUUCUUCGUCGAAAAUUUCAUAAGGAUUUCUCCUAUCUCUUAUCCCUCGGUAUCUUCUAGGUAUUCUUUCCAUUCUUACUUCAUCCUCAGAAGAAUCAUCAGACGAUGAUGUAGUCGUAAGUGAUACAUCAGACAUCUAAUUGUAAUUUUUUGAAUAAUAAUAAAAUAAUUAAAAAAUGUG